CAAAUGGCGGGGGAGUUAGCCCACGAAACUCCCUCUCCUUCAACUUUUCGACCUCGCUAUAUAAAAAAGUGGAGGGUGCUGCUAAAUUGCCACUUCGCUUCGUCUAUCGCGAAGAAGAAGAUGGGAGACGGAUCGGCGCCGUUGCCCGUGCCGCGGGUGGCCGUGGUCGUGUUCCUGCUCAGGGGUAGAGCCGUACUCUUGGGUCGCCGUCGGCGCUCCAUCGGCGACUCCACCUUCGCACUCCCGGGCGGCCACCUCGAAUUCGGGGAGAGCUUCGAGGAGUGUGCUGCCAGAGAAGUGGCGGAAGAGACGGGCCUCGAGAUCGACGAGGCACAGCUCCUGACCGUCACCAACAACGUGUUCUUGGAAGAGCCCAAGCCGUCGCACUACGUCACCGUGCUCCUGCGAGCGCGUUUGGCCCGUCCUGACCAGGAGCCCGAGACUCGCGAGCCCGAGAAAUGCGACGGAUGGGGCUGGUACGACUGGGGCAACCUCCCGUCCCCGCUGUUCUGGCCCCUCGAGAGGAUGGUCCGAGCCGGGUUCGAUCCCUUCCCUCCUCAAGCCUCGCCAGAAGUCGAAAAGUGAUCAAUUUCGAAUCGGAAUGUUGGCGGUCAUUUGGGAGUCUUCCGCGGGACUGGAUUAGAUCCUUCGAUUCAUAGCGAAGUAAUAAGCAUGGUUUUGCUUCCGUUUA